GAACAGGAUGGGAGGGGAAGGUGGGGGUAGACAGGUAAAGGUGCUCUGUUCAGGCGCGUCUACUACUCACGGAAGCAUACCGAUGUUUUGUUGAUUCCUUCGUUUUUCCAUUUUUAGACGACGGUGUAAACAAGAAAAUGGUGAAACGAGAGCAGGUGUCAGCCAACCGGCCCGACAACACCGCCUUCACUCAGCAGAGGCUUCCAGCAUGGCAGCCCAUGCUCUCUGCUGGCAUUGUCAUCCCAGGGUUUGUCGUCAUUGGUCUGGCCUUCAUCGGCAUUGGCGUUGCUCUCUUUAUCACUUCGCGGAGCAUCCAAGUGUUGGAGAUAGACUACACUGGGGUUGAGAGAAACUCGCCAUGCUUCAAGUGCACCGAUACAAAUCGCAAGAACUGUGUAUGCAAAGUGGACUUCUCCAUUGACAAACUCUUCAAGGGGCCCGUGUUCUUUUAUUAUGGUUUGUCCAACUUCUUCCAGAACUACAGAAAGUAUGGUGUGUCUAAAGAUGAUGACCAGCUGUCUGGAGACCUGGAAUACUUUACGAGCCCCAGUGAUACCUGUGUUCCCUACGAGUAUGACAGCAAGAACAAACCAAUUGUACCAUGCGGAUCAAUAGCAAACAGCAUGUUCAAUGAUACCUUCAAGCUGUAUCAGAUUGUCAAUGGGGCAAAUAAGCAGGUGUCCUUGGAUGGAAAAGGGAUUGCUUGGUGGACAGACUACAACAUCAAAUACAGAAACCCCACUGUCACACCUCUGAAGAACGCCUUCAACGGUACUGUGAAACCAAUAUUUUGGCCCAAGCCUGCUUACGAGUUGGACCCCUCAGACCCUGCCAAUAACGGCUUCAUCAACCAAGAUUUCCUGGUGUGGAUGAGGAGGGCAGCCCUGCCAGAUUUCAGAAAGCUGUAUCGACGAAUCACUGAGGGUGAUUAUGCACAGGGACUGCCAGCUGGAAACUACUCCCUUGAAAUUGCCUACAACUAUCCUGUUCUGAGCUUUGAAGGCAGAAAGAAGGUGGUGUUCAGCAAUGUGUCCUGGAUGGGUGGCAAGAAUGAGUUCCUGGGUAUUGCCUAUCUCGUGAUUGGUUCAAUGUGUGUUUUCAUGUCCAUAGUCAUGCUUAUCGUCUAUGCUAAAUUCAAGUUCCCUGAGGAGGAAUGAUCACCUGGUCAUGGACUGAAGUUGAGUGGGGAUUUAUCUACCCUAUCAACAGUUUUUCUUUUUUUUCCCUUUUUACUCAAUGAGAUGAUGAAAGCACAGUUCAGUGCUCACAUGAAGGGGAGUAUACAGCUAGAAACCGCCUAUGAAUUGAAAUCACAUAUAUUAUUCCAGACAUGAAGAAAUCUAGCAGAAGAAGCCUGAUUUCAUUUUAGUUUGUGGACACUGCGGGAUUAAUUCCAUUUCAUAAAUAUACUCAUCUGUAAGCACAUCUAUUAAGUUAGUCUCUCCUGCAAAAACUCUGCAGUGUCAGCUAACAUUUAUUGCCAGCAGAACAGCUGUGUACGAAUUAUCUUUUGCUGGUAUCUCAGAUUCGUUAGGGAACAAGUCCAAAAUCGUGUUACCAAUGCAUGUCAAGUCUAGUGUAAUGAGAUUUGUAGUUUCUCAUUUCUACCGACAUAAAGCCUCCACCAUGAAUCCUAAAAAAUGAAGGUAGAAGUAGAGUGAAGGAACAAUUGGUAUGCACAGAGCACAGGCUGAUAAUUGGCUGACAAAUGGAGACAUACAUUACAUCACUUCGCGGAGCAUCCAAGUGUUGGAGGUAUGGAUGCUACAUACUGUAGGCUCUUUUGUAAAUUUUCCAGUUAAACUAGUAUGGCAGGGUGUUUUCUCAGGCUUAAGGAAGUCUCAUACUUUAUUUCUUAAACUUGUUCUUUCAUCAUCACAAAAUGAGCUGCCUCCUCAUUUUAGGUCAGUAAUAAUGUAAAGCCAUAAAUCAUUUGAUAAGUUAUUUGAUACUGGACAAGAAGUUACAUUACACUGUAUGUAUGUGGGAUUUGUAAUGUAACAUGUAAAUUAAUGCUGUAAAAAUUCCAAAUAUAUUGCUGGACUAUCUCAGGGAUAUGGUGUAUAGGCUAUCCAGCUCAUGCUGUUGUCUAUAUCCUUUAUCAGUUUUAAUUGUUAUUAUUUGUUGAAACUUUGAUUUUAUUCUUCAUGCCGACUUUUAUUUAAUAAAACACCACCACAACCAUUA